CUCUACAAUUUUGUCUCAAACACAUGAAGAAAUUCGAAGAAUUCGGAAACCACAUGAUGGCACGGCAUGUGUGCAUAUAUAGGUUGAUAUAGACGGAUGGAUUCCUUCUCGUACAGGCUAGGCCGCACAAAUGGAGAGCGAGCUCUGGCUGCUAUGGGCGACGCUCGUCGUGUCUCUCCUCUACUACCUGAGCAGCCUGAGACGAGGCACGGGCACCCCACGGCUGCCGCCGGGACCCAGGCCGCUCCCUCUCGUCGGCAACCUCCUCGACCUGCGCGGCCACCUCCACCACACGCUCGCCCGCCUCGCACGCGUCCACGGCCCCGUCAUGCGCCUCAAGCUGGGGCUCACCACGGCCGUGGUCGUCUCCUCGCGCGCGCCGUCCCGGACGCCGCCCGGGCGCUGAGGUUCUCCGACCGCUCCAUGAUCUGGCUCCCGAGCUCCGACCCGCGGUGGAAGCCCUGCGCGGCAUCGUGGCCACGCACGUCUUCUCCCCGCG